AUGUUCAAAACAGCAUUGGAACGAAUGCCAUCGGAUACGCACAAAUUUGUCAUAAGAGCGGAUUGUACUCCGACAGGUGAACAUGUGCGAAGAUUCAAUGCACCCACCGUUAAUGAUGUUGCUGCAAUUAUUGUUGGCGAUCCAACUAAAUCACGAGACAUUGUCGUUCAGCGAAGAAGCAAUAUCAUGCAUCGUGUAAACGAGACACAUCGUUUGUACGAUGCGUUACAAUAUCCAAUCAUUUAUUGGCAAGGGCAAGACGGAUACGACAUCACGUUGAAGAUGGUCGAUCCAAUUACAGGAGUAUCAACGAAUAAUAAAAAUCUAAGCGCAAUGAAUUACUAUGCGUAUCGUAUGAUGAUUCGUACACAUGAGGAGAAUGUCAUUCUGAAGUGCGGUCGGCUAUUCCAGCAAUUCGCUGUUGACAUGUAUGUCAAAGUCGAGACCGAACGUUUAGCGUUCAUCAGAUUCAAUCAGCCAAAGCUACGAUCUGAGGACUAUAUACACUUGCGUGAUGCUAUUCAUUCAGAUGGUGAUGUUCAGAAUAUUGGACGACUGACGAUUCUCCCAUCAACUUAUAUCGGAAGCCCACGCCACAUGCACGAAUACGCUCAAGACGCUAUGACGUACGUGCGAAAUUAUGGAACUCCGGAUUUAUUUAUUACGGUCACAUGCAAUCCGAAGUGGACGGAAAUUGAACGCGAGUUGGAACCGGGUCAAAAACCGCAAGAUCGCCAUGACAUAAUCGCCAGAGUAUUUCAGCAAAAACUCAAGGUUAUGAUGGAUGUGCUUACUAAGUAUCGAGUUUUUGGUGACACACGUUGUUAUAUGUACUCGGUGGAAUGGCAGAAGCGUGGACUACCGCAUGCUCAUAUCCUAAUUUGGUUGCUGAACAAAUUACAUUCAAAUGAAGUGGAUGACAUCAUAUCAGCUGAAAUUCCUGAUCCAGUCACUGAUCCCCGUCUACACGACAUUGUGACGACACAGAUGGUGCAUGGACCGUGCGGUGCAUUAAAUCCAUUAUCGCCUUGCAUGGCUGAUGGAAAGUGCACAAAACGAUAUCCGCGACCGUUAGUUGCUGAAACAGUCACAGUGUUCGGGCCGGGAACGAACAAUAAUAGGCCGUGCGCCCGGUCACCAAAAUACUUCGCGCUUAAUAACCCUUAUGACCAAACAGAAUAA